ACCUGCAGAACAGAAACUGUUAUCACACCACGACGGGCUAGCUAAGAGGACGUGCGCGCUUUACAAAAUUAAAUAUCGAACGGUUUUCCCGCCAAGUUUAGGACGGCUGAGGAAAAAAAUCUUUUGUGUUUUUGUGAUCGUGUUUUGUGAUUGCAGCCAGGUUUAUUAAUUCUAUAAACUGCAAAUAAAAUGGCGCGCGGUAGGACAGUAUUCAACUCCAUCGGGGCUGCGGGCACCCCCUCUAGUCAUAGAAUAAGCAAUUGUUUCCUACAUAUAGCCAUCCUGUUAUUCCUAGGUUUGCCCAGUGCGCAUAGCCAAAUCGAGAAAAUGUAUCUAGACACAACUGAUUUAGAACUGCUGGUGGAUGAGACGCACCUCAUGAAAAUGAUACAGAUUGGCGAAUAUAACACCACCCUCGAGAUAACAGCUCAAAUCCAGCACACGGAUAUAGUACAAUUAGUGCCGCAAACUGUAGAAAUUCCCGGUUCAAAAGAACCCAAUACCACUAUACAAAAUUCCUACGACAUCUGCGCAUACGGGAAGAGCCCGGGGCAUUCUGAAGUCACAUUCAAUGUCACACCUAGUGGAUUCGUCAAUCUCGACACAGUUUUCCUCCGCAUCACGGUCAUGCAUUCCCACGCCAUCAACGUGAUCUCGUACAUCAUGGGCUGGAUUUACUUCGCCGCGUGGUCGGUCUCCUUCUACCCUCAAAUUUACAUCAACUUCAAGAGGAAGAGCGUCGUCGGCCUCAAUUUUGAUUUCCUUGCGCUUAACAUCAUGGGUUUCACUAUGUAUUCCCUUUUCAACUGUGGACUUUAUUUCUCUAAGGAAAUUCAGGGUGAAUACUUCAGCCGUCACCCCCGCGGCCUGAACCCGGUUCAGUUGAACGACGUUUUCUUCUCGCUUCACGCCGCCUUCGCGACUCUCAUCACGAUUGCUCAAUGUUUUCUUUAUGAGCGCGAAGAUCAACGUGUCUCCAUCACGGCUCGAGGUAUCCUGGGUCUUUUCUGCGGAGUCGUCAUCAUAACUCUCUCAUUGGCCUUAUUUAGCGUUUUACACUGGCUGGACUUCCUCUACUACUGCAGUUAUAUCAAGCUGAGCAUCACUCUCAUCAAAUAUGUGCCUCAGGCUUACAUGAACUACAAGCGUAAAUCGACCGUCGGGUGGUCAAUCGGCAACAUCUUCCUAGACUUCGUCGGCGGUUCCCUCUCCGUGCUGCAGAUGGCGCUGAACGCGUACAACUACAACGAUUGGGUCUCGUUCUUCGGCGACGCGACCAAAUUCGGAUUGGGACUGUUCAGCCUCGUAUUUGACAUCUUCUUCAUUCUGCAGCAUUACGUGUUCUACAGAAGGGGGAAGGAAUUUAUGAUAGUCAAUUAUGAGGAUAGUGAGGGGUCGCAUAUGACGAGCAGUGGUGAAGGGGAAUACUUUUUGGUGCGCACUUGGAAUGCACAAGAAAAGAAAUACGACCUAAGUGAGAAGGCGUGAUGAGACCCGUCUGUCAGAGCUAUGUAGUAUCUCAGGAACUUAUUUUAGGGUAGUUUAUACUAAGUCAAGCUGUUAUAAAGUGUGUUCCAAAUUUAAAUAAAAUUAAACCUGUUUAAGUUUAAAAAAAAAAUAAAGUGAGGAUAGAAGAAUCUCCACAUAGCAUCAAUGAUAAGGCUAAGAGUUAAAAAAAUAGAAGAAGCACUUUUUCAAAGCAAAUGUUUUGUUGCUAAAAAAUAUUAAGCGUGGUAUAAUCCUGACUUGUUUGUUACAGAAAUAUUUUUGAGUUAAGAACAGAAAAAUUAAAUAAAUAAAAAAAAACAGGGAAUAACAUUUUUCUCUUUUAGCAUGGAACACACUUUACUUCAAAUAUUUAUACGCCUAGUUAAUUUAUAGACACGAAUAGGUAAGCCCAGAGGUCGCCAUCGUCUUUGCCAUAAUUAUUCCUAUUUUUGUCUUUUUUAUGUACUUACCAGGACAUUCGGCAAUAAGUUUUAAUUUAUCUUUUCACCAAAACUUAGGCCCAGUGUAGGUAUUUUUAAGAAUUUUGAAGCACGAAAUUUGUUUUGUUGGAGAUCGCAAACUGAAAUUGCGUGUUUUAACUGUGCACUAUUUCAUAUAAUACUUAUUUUUUAUGUUAAUUUUGAUUUGCUGGUACAUGCUAUCAAGAUUCGGCAUUUUAUAUUUAUUGAGCGUUUGCUCAACAAGGCACACCAAUUUGAAGAAAAUAUAAAGCCAGUAGAACAUUAAGUUUUCAUCAUAAUUACGGUAGUAGGCUGGACCUUUAAAAAUAUUUUAAGCCUUAUCUCCCAAGAUAUAAUGUACUAUUUUUGGGAAUUCAGCUAUCACGGUAUGUAAAAAAUAAGACAUGUUUGAUUUAUUAAACAACAUUAAUUUCAAGUAGGUACAUAAAAUACUAUCUUAACUUUUCGCAGCUAACUUAUAGACUGAUAAAUAGCUCAAAAAUGUAUUCAUUGAAAAUUUGUGAUCACCAAAUCGCACAAAUGUUAUUGUAAAUAGAAGAGUUGAUAAAUUGUUAAUGACAAAGUCAUUUCUCAUUGAUCUGUGAUGUACGGACACAUUUUAUAUUAAAAUGUGUAUAAAUUGAUCACUGCAUUUUUGAUUUAAAUCCUCAGUACCGGAUAUCACCAGUUUGUUUUUGGCCCUUGAUACUCUUACGUGUAAAAAAAUCCAGAUACUAUCUCCAUACAAAUUUAAUCGCCUUAUUUUAACCAAAGUCAAUAUCUGUUUCUUCUAUGUUCAAGGUUUUACUUAACGAAAACAUUUUUUUUACUGGUAAUAUUAAAAGAGAACGCGAUGAAAGUAGAAACAAAUAGAAAUAGAUGUUCCUAAACAAAAACAGGGAAAUGCAUUUGUAUGGAGUCAAAGUUUUUUAAUAUUCAAGAAAAGACUUAACAUGAAUCACAUAAUUUUCAUCCUUUCUCUUCAUUUCUCUUUCGGUUACAAAAUAUUAAUAUUUAUAAUGCAAUUAGAUUAAAAAAUCAAUAAGUAUCAACGGUUAAUAAGUGGUGUUGAAUAGUUAAGAUAAUAAUUAUUAAGUUUUUUGUCUAUGGUAUUUAAUAAACGUGUCUUGGUUUUGCUGCCUUUUAUUUCUAUCCUUAUCAUACAAUCAAUCGUCAGUCACCACAUAAACGUGAAGGACAAGAAGAUGAUGGUAUUGAAGUUUUUAAAUUACGGGAGACGAAUGAAAAAGCUGCUGGUGCAUAGCGAUUAAGUACAUGCAUAACGAAAUUAAAUGACUGUACAUCUAAGAAAGGCAAGGGCUGAAUAUGAAAUAGAAAUAGGCUGAAAUUAUUCCAGUUAUAAUAUAAAUCGUCGGUCACUGCAUAUUACGAAUAGUUUUUUUUUAUAUUGGAUAAGGCAUUGGCUUCUCUGGUGAGUGACGCUAAAGACGAAGAUGUUACAUGCCUAUCCAAGAGAUGUAAGUAUUCUACUUUUGAGUGUUCACGGACAGUACCUACUUGUCUGGGAAUAGGCAUUAACGAUUAAAUUAUGUUAGGUACUGAAAAAAGCAUCUAAGAAAAGACAAAUAAUUAUUUACUGUACUUUUGGUGGUUUGAGAUAGCUCUGACCGUGAAAUAGAUCUUAUCCCCUUACCUAAUAGUCCAACUGAGCAAAGUUUGCCACUAAUAACAAAUCUUUUUAAUAGUUUAGAUUAAGAUAGAUAUGUAGAAAAUGUCUGACUGUUACUUAUUUGUAUAAUGAAGGUAAAAUAGAAGUUGCGAAAAAUUAUAUGAACCGUCCCCCUGUAACAAAUAACAUCGAAAAAUAUGCCUUCUUCUUUAAAAUAUUGAAUGAAGUUAAGUGCUUUCUAGAAAUGUAAACUUCGCGGCAUGCCCACUUGAAAUCAAAUUCAGGAGUUAUUAACUUUCACAAAUUCUAUCGAGGAAAUUAACAAAAAAGUUCACUUUAACUGAAGAAAUAUUUUUGCACACUCGCAAGGUCAUAAAAUAUACAAAGUAGGUUAUAAAUAGUAUUACUCGUAUAUUUAUUCUGGCUAAAGGUCAAGUCAAGAAUACCCUAAACUGACGAGAUUUAAUGAAGAGAGUUACAAAUGUUGAUGAAGGGAAGAAGUAUGCAGGGAUCUUGGCAACUGAAAGCAGGCUCUUCCUGUCCCUCCCAAGAUGAGGCGUGAUUUUAUGUUAUGUUACUAAGUAAUGGUCAAACAUUGGCAAUAAAACAAUAAACCUGUGCGGUUGAUAGCAGAGAAGACAACAUCUUUGCAUGUAAAAUGAUAAAAUCGACUUGUCUAUAAGUCGUGCAUACAAAUUUCUAACAGUUUUCGAAAGAAACUCACUGAAAAAAAAAAACAAGACUUUUGUUCUGUCGAGAAAAUCUGAUAUGGCAUGAGACUAUACAACGAAUCACUUAAUGAGGCUAUUGGCCUCAUUUCACAACUUAUUCUCCUACCGCUUCCAAAGCGCAAGUGUAGAAUACAUGGCGGAACAAACUACACUGCAGCAUUUUCACCGGAUGCCAAUUUACUUUACUUAUUUAGAUCUAUAUAUAGAUCUUUAACCUUUUAACCGCGCGAGUCGCAUAUAUGCGACAAAUAUUGCCGUGCCCCUACCGCCCGUGUCGUAUUUCUGCGACAGAGAAUAUCCAUGAUUUUUUCGUUCUAUUAUCGUCCUAUUAACUUCGUGGUAUAACUAAAACUAUUAUUGAAUAGAGCUAUUUAUUACAACAAUUACUUAAAAUUAUGUUUCAUAGCUCUAAGCAUUGAAAAAACUUAAACAAAAAUAAGUAAUUGGCAGCUCGGACUUUUCUUCGGUGUCUAUCGCGUGUCGCAUAAAUAUGACCAUAGGGACGGGAUACAAUGCAAUGCGCAUUUUAAAAACAAAAUAACAAACAGUUAAAUAAUCAGGUAUAAUGCAUCAUUCAGCAUGAAAUAAACAGUGUCAUACGAAAUAAAGUUAAAUUUAACAUAUUGUCUUGUGUUACUAUUUUUUUCCCUUAUUAUUCAUAAGAAAAGUAUCCCUCAGAAUCUUUGUAUAACGCCAACAUUUGACGUUAGUUCCCAUCCCUAGACGGCUAUGCUUGCAACACAUUUCUCUAGUUAGUCCAGCGCGGCUGUCACAAAGAA